GUUUGAUGAGGAAGGGGAUAUUUACUUUGUCUCGCAGUAUCAUCCAUCAAGUUACUUAUUAAUUACAAAGGAAAAAGAGUACCUUGACAGUGGAGAAACCUGCCUCCCACCACGUCAGCCAGUUGGUCGACUUUAACGUCUCCAGCAGCGGGGUAGAUCAGCAUCGUAUGCCCCUGGAGAAGAUGCGUCGGGAGGAGCCCAGCGUUAGUCUGCGAUAUUUUGGCCAAAAAUGUAUAACUUGAAUCUAAUCAUGAAGAAGUAGACAAAUCUCAAUCGAGGGACAUCCUACAGAGGAACCGGCCUGUACUGUUCAAAAAAUGCCAAGGUCGUGAGAGAUAAAGCCGCUGUUCCGGGCAAUGCCCAGUGAGUAUAACUGUGUGAAACUGAGAAGCGAUCGCACAAAACCCUCUCUGCAAUGGUGUACCCGAGCUCAAAACAAGAUGAGAAGACCCAACUUGAUGUUGAAAGACAUCCUCAAGUGUACAUUGCUUGUGUUUGGAGUGUGGAUCCUUUAUAUUCUCAAGUUAAAUUAUACUACUGAAGAAUGUGACAUGAAAAAAAUGCAUUAUGUGGACCCGGACCGUGUGAAGAGAGCCCAGAAACAUGCCCAGCAAGUCUUGCAAAAGGAGUGCCGACCCAAGUUUGCGAAGAGGUCGAUGGCGCAGUUGUUCGAGCACAGGUACACCCUGGACUUACCGCCCUUCGUGAAGGAGGUCCCCAAAGGAAAUGAAGCCGAGUACAAGUACGAUCCUCCUUUUGGAUUCCGGAAGUUCUCCAGCCAAGUCCAGUCCCUCUUGGAAAUACUGCCUGAGCACGACGUGCCCGAGCACGUGAGAGCCAAGAGCUGUAGGCGUUGUGUGGUUAUCGGAAGCGGGGGGAUACUCCACGGACUCGCGCUGGGCCACAUCCUGAACCAGUUCGACGUUGUGAUAAGGUUGAACAGUGCACCAGUUGAGGGAUAUUCUGAGCAUGUUGGUAAUAAAACUACUAUCAGGAUGACUUAUCCAGAAGGCGCGCCAUUGUCUGACCUUGAAUAUUAUUCCAAUGACUUGUUUGUUGCUGUUUUAUUUAAGAGUGUUGACUUCAACUGGCUUCAAGCAAUGGUAAAAAAUGAAACCCUGCCAUUUUGGGUGCGGCUCUUCUUUUGGAAGCAGGUGGCGGAAAAAAUCCCACUACAGCCAAAACACUUCAGGAUUUUGAAUCCGGUUAUUAUCAAAGAGACUGCCUUUGACAUCCUUCAGUACUCGGAGCCCCAGUCCAGGUUCUGGGGUCGAGAUAAGAACGUGCCCACCAUCGGUGUCAUUGCUGUUGUCUUAGCCACCCAUCUGUGUGAUGAAGUCAGCUUGGCAGGCUUUGGGUAUGACCUCAAUCAACCCAGAACACCUUUGCACUAUUUUGACAAUCUCUGCAUGGCUGCCAUGAACUUCCAGACCAUGCACAAUGUGACGACGGAGACCAGGUUCCUCCUGCAGCUGGUCAGAGAGGGCGUGGUGAAGGACCUCAGCGGAGGCAUCCAGUGUGAAUUCUGAACACAGAAACCUCAUCUGACAGCGCAGCUCUGACUCUGAAGGCUGCUUUUCAAAGCCUUCUCGAUGCAUCCUGCAAAGCCUUUGAAGUGCAGCUGGUGUUUUUAACUUUUAAUUUAAAAAAGUGAGAAACAGUUUUGCUCUUCCCACUUUGUCACCCCUAUUUAUUUGAGGUCAGUGAUUUUGCACAACAUUUUGUAACAUAAUUUUGAGAAUUGAAUUGGAAAGACUUUUCAAAGAGACUUAUAUGUAAUGAUGUUUUAUUGUAUUUUAAGGACGUUAUUUAAUUUGUAAAAACUGUCCAUGUCUACUGCACAUAGAAUACCAGGUAAUUGAGUGGAAGGAGAAUGGAGGUCACUCCUUCGAUGAGAGCCCUGAAUGCCAGAUUCUGGUUCCUUGUCACUCUUCGGUAGGACACGUGUCGGAGGCGCUUCCAGGAUGACGUGCUCAGUAGCUAAACCACGGGUACCGGGUCGGCCGUGCUGCUGCGUGAGGCCUGGGCUGGUCGGAGAAGUUCACGGCCCCUCUCUGUUGGGUCUGCCUUCUGCCAGAUGACUUGCAGCCAUCAGCCAGGGGAGCUGUCCUAGCUGUCCCUGGUCGGGGAGGGACACAGAAGACAUUUUCUUUGUCCUCGGGAUAUACGAAGCCACCCGGGGCUGCAGAAGCCACUGUCUCCCCUGAAAUGGUGACAACUCUUGAAUUUCUUGAGAGUUUUUUUACUGCCCUUCCAAAGCACUUAAAUGUUAAUCGGAGGUGUUCCACUGUCUGCCUGAGAGGGCUUGUAAAAAUAAGGCACAAUCCCCGUUUUCCAGCAUUGAAGAAUAAACCCUUUCCAAGAAGAGUCACAUUUUCUGAAACACUGAAAUAAAAUUCUCCCAGUGUUAUAAAUUGCCUAUUUAAAAAAAUGUUUUUUAAUGCCUACCUGGCAGCGUGUACCAGGCAGCGUGCUGGUCAAAAAAUAAAAAUAAAAAAAAUAAAAGCUUUUGAGGAGCUC